AUGUCUACCUUCCACAUCGAGACUUCCAUCGGCAGCACCGACCCCGCCGUCGUCAUCGCCGCCCUCCACAACCACGAGCUGAUGAUCAAAACGCUCUGCCCAGCCCUCGUCAGCUACGCAUUCGAAUCCGGCGACAAAGCCACAUCGGCCGUCUACACGGUGACAGACAAGAAGCCCAUCGGCCAGACCACCUUCAAACUCACUCUCACCAACACGCCCGGCGGCGUCGACUCGCUCGUCAACGCCAAACCCCCCGUCGGCAUCCUGACCAUCGCCGCCACGUGGCGUGUCGCAGACGGCAAGCUGACCGAGGACGUGGUCAUUGACGGUAACUUCAUGAUGAAGAAGGUUGCCAAGGGGAACGUCGAGAAGACGCACCCGGAGCAGCACACCAAGUUGCUGGAGGCUGCUAGGGCUUAG